AGUGGAGUGGCGGUGCUGAGCUGCACCGAUUGCAGCGCCAGCAGCAGCACGUCGUGCAGCAGCAGCGACAUCACCGAUCCGGGAUCGCCGUUCAGCACGACGUCGAGCCACUCGGAGGACUCCGGCUCGCAGCCAGCUAAGAUGCCACCCACGCAAACCGCCCACCAUCCCCCGUGGCCUUGGACAGCCGACGAAGGGCCGGCGUGCAAGCGGCCGACCAAAACGUUCGAGACGAACUUCGCCAAGAUCGUGCGGACGCUGCCGCGCGGCGCCGCCACGACGACCGUCGACGCCGGUGCCGGCAGGUUCAAGAAGAUCGAAGAGGCGAGCAACAGAGCGGACCAUCAGACGCCGAGGUUGCAGCAGGGCAAGAUCACCGAGUACUUCAAGUCGCAGAUCAAAGCGAGCCGCGACCUGUUCGCGGCCAAGCAGCCGCCGGCCGGUAAGAUGCUGAUCGAUCAACAGACGCAGUUCGACAGCUUGAAGAAGGACGCCAAGAAGCCGAUGCCGAAGAAAAUCGUCCAGUCGAAGAUCAAGAAGGUGUCCGUGCCGAGGAAGAUCCUUCCGGCGCCGAGCAACGUCAACGACAAGCUCACCAUCAGCGAUCAGCUGAACCAUUUGGCGAAAUUCACGCCGACGGUGACGCUGACGGCGCUCAGCUUCCCGCCGAAUUACACCUACAUACACACCAAGGGCCCCAAGCCCAACGAGACGCCCAUAUUCGUGCCACAAUACGCGACCAUCGCCAACGUCAUUCAGCCGUUCAACUGCGUCAAAUUGAACACAACUGUCGUGCCUAUAGUCAAAAUGCCUAGUACCGCCGCAACGCCUAUGACGUUUCCCGCCAUGCCCGCCUUCAACAUCGACACCGCCAUUCCCACCGUGCUGACGGCCAAGACGAGGCUGCCGGAGGCCACGGCGGCGGCGCCGGCGGCGGUGCACGCCGAACCCACCGGCACCGCCGACGCCCCCUCCCCUUCGGAGGACCCGCGCAACAAGUCGUCCAGGACCGAGGAACCUCACAGGACGGAGGAGCGCAAGGAGAUGAUCCACGCGGACGAGAUGGACAAGUCGAAGGGUCUGAGCGAUUCGGACAGUGGCAUAUCGAACAAAGAGUGCUCGGAAACGAUCCAAGUGAACGUUAGUGAACGGGUGGAUGUGGAGGAGCAGAGAUCGCCGAUUCUGAGCAAACCUAAGACGAUUAGGUUUCCGGCCAAGCAGGCUGAGAAGGAGGAAGUGAAGACGCCGCAGCACGUCGGCGAUGGAGUGUGUCGUUGGGCAGAGUGUAUUGGUUGCUUUGAUACCAGCGGGGCCUUAUUGGAACAUCUACAGGUGAAACAUGUGAUAUCUCAAUCGAGUCAAGAACACUUCGUGUGCCUAUGGUCGGGGUGCAAAGUCUACGGGAGAAAUUCGUGCUCGAGAUCGUGGCUGGAGCGACACGUCCUGGCCCACGCCGGCACGAAGCCCUUUCGAUGUAUAGUCGACGGUUGUGGGCAGAGGUUCACUACUCAGCUAAUGCUGGAGCGACACGUGAACAGCCAUUUCAAUUCCGACGGCAGCCCGAACAACAAUAUCAAGAAAUCACCGGAAAACGGUGUUAGUAAGUUGUUCAAAAGGAACGGUAAAAAAAUCAGGUUCAGGAGGCAACCAUGGUCAGCCCGUAUGUUCGACUUCCUGGACUCGGGCGUCAUGGAAGGGCUCCAGUAUAAGCUGCUCCUGCUGACGCAGAAGAGGACCUCGGGCAACAUCAACGAGCCCGGCGACGGCGUCCAUUUGAGCAGCCAAGUCCUGGCCAAACGGAUCGAAACCGACGGCAGCACCAAAUACCUGUUGAAAUGGCACCCUCCUGACAUAAUCCCCGACGAAUGGGUGCCGGAAAAAGAGUACAAACCCACUAGAGUAGUAUCGAUACCUCGCCUGCAACCCUCUUCGAAGAGCGCCCUCGGGCCCUCGUUGUUCCCGCGCGCUUCGGACGCGACGUCGACGGCGACGCCUGCGACGCCUCGACGCAAGCACAGACGCAAACCGAUGUCGAAGCGGACGUGA